AUGGAUAACAAGCCUCCGCUUGGUAGAAGCCUCUCUCCGGUACCAAACCAAUUUAGGAGGCCAGUUAUCAAUGCCCCAGAGAUUAUAAUGAAUAAUUCAGUUUAUUUGAUCAGUUUUAAAUUAUGGGAAGCAGCAACUGGUGAAAAGAUAUUUUCAGAAGAUUCAUUCGCUCCAAAACUUGAUACGCCUCUUAUUCCGGAUAAUAAUUUUGUGUCACCUCAACAACAACAGCAAAGAUCGUAUGUUAUGCAAGCAAGAGAUCCUAUGAAAAGCAGAUCAUUACAGAAGAAAAUGACCGAGUGUUCAAAGCAGGAAUUGGACAUUAUAUUUAAUUCUCUUUAUCCAAGUUUGAAUGAACUCGUUUUCGACCAAUCUGCAAACUUCGUUAUUCAAAAACUUUGCGAAACAGCUACAGAGGAACAACAACAGAAAUUCCUUAAGUUUUUCUUAUCAGACUUGAAUAAUAUUGUCGACCACUCUAUUGCAUGCAGAGUUUUACAGAGAUUUAUCGAAACUACUCAAAAAGAAAAUAUUGAGAAGCUUUUCAAUGCUCUGAAACCUAACUUAAUGAGUUUAUGUCUCUCUCAAAAUGGAAAUCAUAUUGUCCAACGUUUUGUAAUGUCACUACCAUCUAAACUCAAUGUCAUUAUUGAUGCGAUUUUACCAAGCGUUGUGCCUUUGGCAAUUGAUAACUGUGGAUGCAGAAUUGUUCAAAGGCUGUUCGAUCAAUAUAAAAUAGAGCAACUAGAAUCGAUUGUUGCAGAAGUUAUGCGCAAUGCUGUCGAACUUGCUACGAAUCAAUAUGGAAACUACGUUGUUCAAUAUAUCUUGGCAUCUAAUAAGCAUGAGCACAUCUCUAAUCUCUUAAAAGCCUUUAAAGGCAGAUUUUACCAAUUUUCACUACACAAGUUUGCAUCCAAUGUUAUAGAAAAAUGCAUUCGUGGCGCAUCUGAAGAAGAAAGAAUGGAAAUUUUCCCUGAAAUCAUCGGAAGUGCACCUGACUUCAACGCAACUCGUAUUUCUACAAUGGUUGAAGAUCAAUUUGGAAAUUAUGUUAUCCAACGUAUUAUAGAGUUUGGUACUGAAGAACAGCAAACAGCAAUAUACAAUGUCGUCUUUGACAACUACCAAAAGUUAGAAGGCAUACAGUAUUCUAAGCAUGUUUUGCUGAAACUUCAGCAUCUCGGAUAUAAGUUUUAA